CCCCGGCGACCGGCCGACGAAAGCGCGCGCCAUCAAGGCCGUAGGGGCAGUGGCAAGGACGACCGCGGUGCCGCGAGACCGUUCGCCGGCGUGUAUUGACUUCGAGACAUGAACUUCUGGCGCAAACUGACGCGGUUCAUGGGCGUUUUCGGACGGACGCCGCGGCGGCGCAAGGUUCGCGCGUUGCUGGUCGGGCUCAACAACGCGGGCAAGAGCACGCUGCUGCAUCGUCUGAAGGCCGACCGCGAGCGGAAUGUGUCGCGCAAACCGAUCGCGCCCACCAUCGGCUUCACCACCGACACGUUUUUGUUCAACAACGUCAAGUUCACGGUGAACGACAUGUCGGGCCGGGACGGGUACCGGAGCAUGUGGGAGCCGAUGUACGCUCAGUGCGACGCGAUCGUGUUCGUGUUGGACAGCACGGAUCAGCUGCGGUUCGCCGUGGUCAAGGACGAGUUAGACAUGAUGCUGCGGCACCCGGACGUGGCGGCCCGACCCGGCUUGCCGAUACUGUUCGUGGCCAACAAGGCGGCGGCACCGGACGCGUGCAGCGCGUCCACCGUGGCCGGUGCGCUCGCGCUGCAUGAGCGCAUCGAACCGGACCGACCGUGGCGCUUGGCCACCACGGACGCGGCCGCAGCGCCCGGCCAACCGGUCGACGACGGGCUGCGCGAGGCGGUGGAAUGGCUGGUGGACACGAUCAACGUCACUGACCGACGAUGAUAACCGUCCGAGUUGACGAUCAAAGCCGCGGAGAUCGUGUACCGUCUGGGGCAAAUAUCCGCGAACGGAAACAAAUAACAAAAAAACUUCGAUCGAGUUUUGCGCAAGGGUUAAAUCGUCGACGGACAAUGUUUUGCUCUACGAUGUAAUAGCUUGAAAUCCUAUAGCAUUCGGAAUCGAUCGUUAUAGUGAACUUCUUUCGCAACGGGAAAAACGUGGAUAAGGUCAUUUAAAGACACAUUCGGUGUUGGCUGCGCUUUGACGUGACAACAUUGGCAUAUACUGUCUAAACUCUUUUCGAAUUUGUCGUUAGUCCGCGUUUAAGCUGCCAACGCACACAAUUUAUUUUAUACAUCCGUCCGGACCCAAAUGUCGACGAAGACUAAAAUCGCGUCCAAACCAAAAGCGAAUUCCUGUGAUGUACCGCUUCUCGAUCGAAAGCGUAUUCGCCGUUUGCGUUC